AUGGGCAUUCCUGAAGACAAGACGGAGAUGACAGGGGGUGCAAACGUUAUGGAGAUUGAGGAUUGCAAGCCCUCAAUGGCCGAGCUUCCAGUUUCUGGCACCGUGAAGCUGUUCGAGGAGGAGAUGGUUGUCUUGAUCCCGACUCCUACGCCCGACCCGAAAGACCCUCUUAACCUGCCAACAUGGCGCAAAUACUUCAUCAUUCUGCUGGUCGGUCUUUAUUCAGCCAUCUCGGUCCUUGGAACAUCUGGUCUCGGAUCCAUCAGAAACGAAGUGGAGAAAAUGUACCCCAACGACCACAUUGCACGUCGCGAUUUCUUCAGCAUAGCGGCUAGUCAGAGCGCGGCCUUGGCUACAUUAAUGGUACAGGAGAUUCACUUCAUGCAUGAUCAUGGCAGCAAGAUUGCGUACUUUGUUGGCGUGCAAUGUGUCGGUACAACGUAUGGCUUCAUGACUAUUGUCAAUGGAGUUGUGUUUAUCCUGUCCAUCUUCUUUGUUGCUGAGACUCGCUACGACCGACCGCGGGGACAUGACACACUAGGCAUUGAUGGACAAGUGGAAGAACUGAAGAUUGAUAAAAAGGAAGAGCCCUUCCUUAACCACGCCACCUAUGGACCACGUACAUGGAGAGAUGAAUUGCGCAUCUUCCACUUCAAACCUAUUUGGAAAGACUCGGUAUUGUUUUACAAGGAUACGUUCAAGGGGCUUCUUUUGCCAACAAUAUUCUGGCUGUUGCUUCUCAAUGGUGCCUGUCUUGGUAUCUAUGUAUACCAGGCUUCGACCUUUUCGACUGUUCUCAUGAGUCCACCAUAUUCCUUCCAUGUUGAUUGGCUUGGCUUUGUUCAAGUGACGCAGGUCAUUGAUACGAUGGUGAUGAUUCCAGUACUGGGCUACGGAUCCGAUUUCAUUUGCAAGGUACUCAGCAAAUGGAGGGGUGGUAUCUUCCAACCCGAAUAUCGUCUCAUCACAAUUUUCAUCCCCGCAAGUGCUGCCAUUAUAUCGUGCACCAUCUACGGCCGUGCAGCAACGAAUCCGGAUCAAUAG